AUGCCCGGCCUACGCGCUCCUAGGACUAUACCUUGUAUGGAACUAGUGCACUUGGGCAAACAACUAUUUUGCGUUAGGCGUGGUAGUUGCGGUCAACGGUAUAAAUCACCAAGUACUAGAUAUGCCCCGCUUCUUGAUGGCGACAACUAUACGGUUAUAUCGGAUCCAGCUAUUAGGAUUAUGAAUAACGAUAACAAUAACAACGAUUGGGAAGAUGUGAACGACGACGACGACGACGAUAACGGUAAGGAGAAUCUAAGUAGAGAUUAUAAUGAUAUUUUACCGGUUGGUUUCAAUGAAGAACAACUUCGCCUCGAUUUGGAAUAUACUAAGCGAGAUUUCGACAACGAGCCAGAAACCGUUGCAUUUGACGAGGAUUUUAUCGACGAAGAUAUUUACAACGAAUUCUAUAUUACUGAACCUAUCGAAGUUCGAAAUGCUAGGUACACUACGUGGGGAAGAUGGCAAACUAGUGCUAGCGAUACAAUAAUUGCCCUGAUAGUUGAAAACCUUGAAACGCUAUGUGGAAAGUCGAAUGCCGUUACUAGAUAUAAGGGAAGCCAGUAUUCCUCUACAAUAAUAGUAGCAGUAGUAGUAGCAGUAGUAAUAUAUAUUUCGUAA